UUCCCUACCGAGCCCCAUGCAUCAGGAGCCAACUCAUUCCCACGAUCCACACGCUGGAACCUCAGUCCCACCACGACACCUGACCAGGGCCCACGGUGCUGAUGCACCUUUACCGACUGGACUAGUAUUUCCAAGCCACGCAGAAGUAUCCUCAAGCUCCGAUGCCACGCACCUGCAGGAGGAUUUCAUGGCCUGUGCGAACCAUGGGAAUCCAAACUUCAGCACUUUUUAUGCUCAAGCUGCACAGUAUCUGCCUGGCUCUGUUCCCACAUUCUUGGAGUGCUACCAGCUGAACCAUGUGGAGAAUGGGCUUCUGACAUGGCUACCCAGGACCCAUGUUUUCCAGGCUGCGAAUGAAGUGAUUCAAGCUCCACCGAGUAGAGUUGUGAGCUCAGAGAAGCCGGUCCCUGUGUCAGAGCUGUCCUCCAGCACCAGUUUUACCAUUCUGAGCAACAGCUUUGCCAGCACCAGGACAGCCAACCCUCAAACCAUCAUAAUAGAUAGGUCGAGCAAUGCUGAUGGAUCUACUUACAGUGAGCACAAGGAAUCUGUGACUUCAGUGACUGAACUCAUGCCGGAAGAUGCCAUGUAUGAGGUUACCAUUGUUGAUGCAAAGGACAAUGAGAUCCUAGUUGCCAAGGUUGGAGACUUUCACCCUGAUCUCAGUCAGUUUACGGACAUCAGCUACAGAUGGAGUGCUCCAAUCCUUUAGAUCUCAACAUGUUGGAAAGGGACAGGGAGUCUUCAGGAUGUGUCAUAGGGAAGUUUACACUAUUACCAGACUUCAUUCCUCGCUCAAAUGAUUUGUUGUGUCUGUUUGAGGACUGUCAUUAAGUUUGUAUUUAAAACAUUGUGCAAGAGUAGUUACAUGUACGUUUUGUUAUUAAUGACUUUGUAGAAUACAUUCAUUUAAGUCUUUUGCUUGAUUAGAUUUAGAUUUGCUUGAACCAUGGUACAUAUGUACCAUUUAACAUUUUUAAAGGGUGAAGCAAAAGAUGACCUACAUUUUUAGUCUUAAUAUUUUACCAACUUUUGAUGUUUUUAAAGUAUUUAAAGUAUAUCUAUAUAUUUGCAGCAUGGAGCUUACUUAAACUCCUCGCCCCAUUUUAAUAUGCACAGUUUUUACUUGCAUUUUACUAUCACAACUGAGUUGUCAUAACAAGUUAUACGAUAUUUACGAUUGUUUGUGGUAGUGACCAGAUGAUGUCGGUUUUCAUUUUCCAGCUUUUAGUUUUUAAUAUAUCUCUAUCGUAGCUGCUGUGUUUUUAAAUAUUUAAUUGCUUGGUUUUAA